AUGAGAUUAUCGCGAAUUGCUGCUCUCCGCGGUUCUACAACCGCCCGAUCUCACGUCUCUUCUUUACAUCCAAACAGAGAAAAAAAGGCCUCAUCACAUAUGAAUAAAUUACCAUUACAUAAUAAUAACAAGAGUCUUGGUCUGCAAUUUAAUCUCUUUCCAUUUUCUUCCAUGGCCUUUACGGAAUACAGUGAAGUCCAACAUCAUUUAAAACAGACUAUUGAAACCUUAGAGAAUGUAAUUAUUUCCUCCUCCAAUGUUGAAGAGUCAAUGAAAGUGGAUUAUAUGGUAUUUCGGUAUAGUGAGGGAGUCAUGGAUGAAAACCUUUGGACAGAAGAGAGAAUGAAACUUUCAUUAUAUUUUCUGCGUGAGUUGACAACUCAUAUUCUCCCAAUAAUGCCUUUGGUGUUAGCAUUACCUUUGUCAAGGACGAAUAAAAUGACAAUGUCUUAUGUUGAAGGUAUAUUUGAAACACUUCAUCGUGUUGGAUGUACGAAUAUAUUGUUAGAACUACCUCACCCAAAUAUACCAUCUGCAGUUAAGGAAAUACAUCCUUCUUAUAGGAAUAGUGUGUUAAAAAAUUGGCAGUUACUUCUGCAGCGUAAUGGGGGAAUGUGUAUAUCAUCUUCACAGUGUAAAUCACUUUCAUUAGCGGAAUUGUUUCCAUGGAUUCUACAGUAG